CCCGCAGCAUCCUCUGUGCAAUGCAGCACGACGAGCGGACGGGCUACUGAUGUAUCACUUAAGUUUUAAGUUACCUUGCUUUGUAGAUCUAAUUGCAUAUAUAAACAGCGAAUUAUCCGGGACCUUUACAUGCAAGAUUUUUUCUCCUAAGGGUCCAGAUACCGUAUUUUAAACUAAAUUUAUGUUGGAUAUUUAUGGAAACCUAAGGAUUACCCACAUCGAGAAGCUCUUUGUCUGUUUCGAAUGGAACAUUUUCAGCGUUUACAUUUAGUGCGACUGAAAGACUCUGUUUUGUUUAAUGCAGAUGUUGUGUCAUGGUAGGAAAUCAACAACUGACAGUGCCCAAACCUUGAAUAAGAGAGUGAGUGAUCAUGGCUUACACAGGGACGCAGAAGGCUCUGAAGAGUGAUAAGUUAGAUGAAGCUCAAGCUCUAGCCAAAAGCUGUGCAGGCAGACCAGACUUUCUCCCCUAUGAUGGACUGUCCAUCUGCGCAACACGCAGCCAUGGAAAGUGCUUCAAACUGCACUGGUGCUGCCAUUUGGGCUGGUGUCACUGUAAAUAUGUGUACCAGCCCAUGACCAGUGUUGGUCAGCUACCCAGCACACCUGUGCCAGCCGCUCCAUCUGACUGCACCGACACCAUUGAUCUGUCCAUCUCCCUGACAGAACGCUUCCUCCGGAUCUCGCCCUGUUUCCUGCCUCCAACCUACCCCGAGUCCCCCAAAUACUGCAACAUUGCUGAACUGUUUAUUGAUGACUACAUUGUCAAAUGCAUCAAUGGCAAGAUGUGCUAUGUUCAGCGGCCCCCAGUUCACAUGGAGGCCCCUCCCACUCCACCUCCAGCCUAUCCCAUUCCACAGAAGGAGCAUGUUGAAGAUAGGCAGACUGUUGAUAUUGUUAAAGGACCUAAACCUGUGGAUACUGUUAAAGGACCUAAAAUGGUCCACUGCUCUUCGCCCUCCAGCUCAGAGGACUCAGGGAUCAAUGCUUUGCGAGGACACUAUCUGGAGUCCUAUGAAGAAGAGUCUGAGGAAGAGGAUGUUCUUAGCACAGAUGGAAACUCGUGUCCAGAAAGUCUGUGGGACCAGGAUGAAUGCACCCUGCUGUCCCCUUCCAAAUCCACUGUUGAAAUUAUUGAAAACAUUGAAACUACAGUGUGACACAAUUCACAUUCAAGACUUUCUUUGAAUAUUUGCUCUCUCUCUGUUCUUUUCACAUCUCUCUCACUCUCAUUGGGUUUAUUAAAAUAUGUAGAGGAAAAUGCUACACCUUUAAUGACUUUACAGGUUACUGGAGUUUUUACUUGCUCUGCUAAACUUUAAUCUACACAUCAACUCUCAAUUGGUUUCAUUCACUUAUUGUUUGUAUGUCCAUAUUUGUGUGAAAAUCCUCUGUAAAAAGUUUUCACACAGAAAUCAUGAUUCAGAAAUAUGUUUUUUUUUUUAUAUUUGAACCGACUUAAACCACAUGUGUGCAAAAAUCACAGACUGUUAGUGGAAUUAGAAACAUGGAAUGUGAUAAGCUGAAAUGACCCUACAAUAUCUCUUAAUUCAGAGUAACAAAAAUGAUGUGCAUUAUGGCUCAAUCUGGGAAAGGUGCUGCAUAAAUUUGCAGCCAGCAUACAGUUGGUGUAGUAUAGUGUAGACCCAUAUACAAGAUGUUAAUAAUGUUUCAGCUGGUUUUGAGAAUGACCCUUUUGACCCACUGUUAGGUCUCACAUGUUUCUCCAUUUGAGGUUGAUUUCUACUAUGCUAUGACUAUGAAAAACAAUUUUGGUCAUAUGUUUUAUCUUAAGAAAUGACACACCUGGAUCUAAACCUGCUUUUCCAAACUCUAGCUCUAUUCAGACAGGUUUCGUUUUCCAUACAUACUGUACAGUAUGUCUAUAAAGUAAUUGCUGCUGCAGAUGUCCGUCAUUUUACUGUAGAUCCAUAUGGGAUAGGCAAUGUCUGAAGAAAUUGCUGAGAUGGGCGUGCCUUCGCCAGAACUAGUGAUGUCAGAUUUGUGAAUGAAUCACUCUGAGUCGGGUCUUUUCAAUGAAUUAGAUUAGCUUACUAGCAAAACAGCCUGAAACGACCCGCAAUUCAGUCAGAACCAUUUGGACAGUUCACGCGUGGACUUAAUCGUUUGAAGCUGUUUCUCACUCAAUAAAACAGUAAUGGCAUGCUUUUGAAGAUGGAGAACAGAAAAAAUGCUGGGUGAAGCAUUUUGUUUCAAUGGAUUUCAUUUACAUGCAAUCCAUUGAAACAAAACCUGCAAAUGCAUCCUAUCUUUUGUCAACGAUGAAGAAGGUCAUGUGCCUGUACAGCCUGUGGACGACUCUGUACUGCAGGUAAAGACAUAUUCCUACCAAAUGUGUAUUAAAACUUACAAUACACAAAAGCCCUGUAAGAUACCAAAAAUUGCAGUAGAAUUACCUUGUUUAUUGGACAUGUACCUUGGAGCUCCAUGUAACUACCAUAGUAUAUUAUCAAAGUAACAUGGUUUUACCAUCUUUUUCCUUCACAACUAUACUGUGACGGCAUGUGCUCCUCAAGAAAGUUUUAAAAUAAUGCUUCCAAAGUCACCAGAAUUGAGUACUUUGGUGUUGUUUUUUAAAAAAAAAAUGCCCCUGGACCCUGUUGUUGUAGUAAAACAUAGCCUAAUAAAGCUCUCCCAUGCCACCAUAAGAGACAGGUAUAUCGAUUUAUAACAUCUAGAAGACAGUACAUUUAAAGCAGCAUUUCACUCAUACUGCACUGCAGACUUUCCACUCUAUGUUGUUCAGAAGCAAAGAAUAAAGACCAAAUGGAGUAUUCCUCAGAGGCUGUAAGGAUGCAAGCUUCCUUUUCAGUAGAUAACUGAUUGAUUUCCUCCCCUGCUUGGUGUCAUAUUUCUUUAGCAUCCUGUCUGACAUUGCAUUUAAAAGACAGCCGAGCUGCUUAGUCCACUCUUGUGUGUAAACAUCUUUUGUAUUUGAAACUAAUUGGUUGUGUCACAGACUCUAUCAGUCUAAUAGUUGGACCCAGACUGAAUGGCAUUAAUUAUACAGAAACAACAUGCAUGCAAUCUUUAUUACCAUUUGACAUGUAUUGCCCCCAGUAUCAAUUUAUGUUGCAUAAACAAAGGAAAAAAGUAAUCAGAAUGCAAAAGAGCAGAUUCACCCUCUUGGUUUCCCAGAAUCAUUUUGCAUGUGUCCUUUUCUGCGUUGACAUAUUCUUCUGAAAAUAUGAAUAUUUAAAUGCAUAAGCCCAUAGCAGAGUGAGCACACACACUGAGUCAGCUCAAUGAGACCACACACACACACAGAGACCCAUACACUAAAUUAUUCGCUACCUCUUAAUCUGACUGUAAUCGCGUGAGCAGACCCCUGCCACAGAACCUUCUGAUGUGCGAGAGGACAAACAUAUUUUCUCAUCUGUUUCAGGAAAAUUGUCUCACUGAAAAUCAAGCCACUAUAUGACCGAAACUCACCAAUAGUUCAACUGAUAAACAGCGCCACAGUCUGUGGCCAUGUGCAGACCUCUGUGGGAGAUCUGGGUUUGAUAAGUUCCAUAACUGCCUCUGAGUCACCCUGCAGAGCCCUCCACAGUGCUCCCUCUGUAAAAUAUUCAUUGCUUUGCUCUUCUCCUCUAAGAUUUUUUUUGGGGUUGUGUUUUUCCUUCAAAGUAGCCCUCACUCUAUAGUCUAUUUAGUCAUGAAUUUUACCAACAAUUCACAAACAGUACUUAGGAAAUAAAAUGUACAGGUUCACAUUUACAAUGGAAAUUAAGAGGAAUGUUAGUGAAUUGUAUGGAUGCUGAUGAGAAAAACAAAACAAAACUGAAAAUGUUAUUUGAAUGUUUUUGAUAUUGUACAGUAUGAGGUGGCCUGUGCUUUUAAUGGCUGGCAUCAUUUAUUUCUCAUGAAUUGACAGUGACACAGAGGUUUAUUGCUGUGUUUGUGUUAUUAGGCCUCCCAGGUGGUAAUGCAUUCAUAAUAGUAUAUGUGUCAUGGGUGUCUGGUUGAAAAUGACUUAAUCUGUCAGAUGAGACCAUGAAUCUGAUUAAGGUAAUAGUCGUGAAGUGUUGAGUUCUGUCUGUCUCUCUAUUCAUUAUGGCCUAAAGAAUUCUGACCCUUUAGAAUUUUGAAUAACCAACAAUAAAAGAAA